GUCUUUAUUCGAUCGUGUUCAGUUAACAAUCAACCAGCAAUGGCUCGUACAAAGCAGACCGCUCGUAAGUCUACUGGAGGAAAGGCUCCACGCAAACAGUUGGCCACCAAAGCAGCUCGCAAGAGUGCCCCAGCCACCGGAGGAGUGAAAAAGCCUCAUCGCUACCGGCCAGGAACUGUUGCCCUGCGUGAGAUUCGUCGUUAUCAGAAGUCCACCGAGCUGUUGAUCCGCAAGUUGCCUUUCCAACGCCUGGUCCGUGAAAUCGCCCAGGACUUCAAAACUGAUCUGCGCUUCCAGAGCUCGGCCGUUAUGGCUCUGCAGGAAGCCAGCGAAGCCUAUCUGGUUGGAUUGUUUGAAGAUACCAAUCUGUGCGCCAUCCAUGCCAAGCGUGUCACGAUUAUGCCAAAGGACAUCCAGCUGGCACGUCGUAUCCGUGGUGAACGUGCUUAAGUUCAGUGA